CAACACUAGCAAUAGCUAGCAGUAGUAGUGUGUCGGGAUUGUUUUUUUUUUAGUUUAAUAUUUCUCAACUUUUAGAUCGUUAUUCGCCCAAUUGGUCAACUCUUCCAAAUUGCAAUAUAUUCAUUAAAAAGCCAUAUUUCACGGUUUUCAACGCCGUCGCGUUUCCUUGCCACCUUUGAAAGCUAAUUGAAUUAUCCACGCAUACAGUCGCAACCAACCCAUCGCCUGCGUCAUAAGCUAUUUUCGUCGAUAAUAGAAUCCAAGAAUCCAGACCAUGGACCCAAAACAACAGACAUCCCAAGAGGAAGUGGUCCCUGUAACACCGCUGCUGGAGGAGCCGCUGGACCUGGACAUGAAGCAUUGCUUCGAGAAUCUGAUUGUGAUCGACGUGGGUGCAAAUCUGACCAACAAAAAGUAUAGCCGUGAUCUGGAUUCCGUGGUGCAGAGAGCCAGAGACGCAGGUGUUCAGAAACUAAUGGUUCACGGCACUUCGGUCAAAUCAAGCAAGGAAGCGCUGCGCCUUUCGCGCAUAUAUCCCGACAUAAUCUACUCAACUGCUGGCAUUCAUCCGCACGACUCCAAGUCCAUCGUGGAGGAGCCGGCGACGUGGUUUGAUUUGGAGCACAUUGCCCAGGCUCAGGAGUGCGUGGCGGUUGGGCCUUGCGGCCUAGACUACCAGCGGGACUUCUCCGAACCGGAUGCCCAAAAACAGAUUUUCGCAAAGCAGCUGCAACUGGCUAUCCGGCUGAAUAAACCUCUGUUAAUCCACGAGCGGUCGGCUCAACACGAUCUACUCGAAAUACUGGACAAAUUCGAGAAUCUGCCACCUGUUAUCGUCAGAGGUUUUAUGGGGACCGCCGAGGAAGCGCUGAAGUAUCUAGAGCGCAGGUUCUACAUCAGCCUGACGGGCUAUCUGUGCAAGGACAAAUCGGAUACUGGCGUGCGCCGUCUGCUGGAGGAUGGAACUUUGCCGCUGGACAGACUACUAGUUGAGACGGAUGCUCCGUUUAUGUACCCGAAUACAAGAGCUUCCAAGCUGCCACAACACGUGAAGACUGGCAUCACUGAGCGCUCUUUGUUGUACUUACACAGAUAUUGUACCUUUCAACGCAACGAGCCCUGCAGUCUACCCGCCAUCGUGGAGAUGAUAGCCGCCUUCAUGAAGAAAACCCCCGAUGAGGUAGCACUGGCCACCGCCUUUAAUGCCCUCAAACUUUUCGGUUUGUCUUAGACAACUGAAACAAAGCCCUAUGGAACUGAACGACAAAGUGUGCCAGCCAGCAGCUUUACAACCGUAACUUUAGAUUGAACGAGCUUGAGAUUCAUGAUAGACUCAUACCUAUGUGCCUUAAUCACUAAUCGAAUUCGGGAUGUAGCACUCAUCCUGAUCCAAACACAUACACACACCCACAAAUACGAACCCCAUUGCAUGCGAAAAGUACGUAUACGUAUAUACCUAUAUAAUCAUCCCCUUGCCCAAAACGAUGCAAAUUAUCAAUCGAAGUUUGCAGGGCUUAGUUAUAAGUUGUUGGAAUUUCCCCAAGCAAUUGCUUUAUUUACUCGAGUACCCCUGAGAAAUGGUGCCAAGGUGGUGCCAAGUGGACGUCGACUGGGAAUUUGUAAUGGAUCGACGCUUCACGCCUCGAAGCGCGCGCUUCGAAAUCGCUUCGGAAGCGACAGAUAUAGAUGUUAAGAGCUGCAGCUUGUCUUCUGUUUGUUUCUGUAUUUAGGCUAGAAUCAUUACUUUUAGUUCAUGUCUCUGUUAGACUGUAGUCGUAUUUUUUGUAAAUAUUUAUUCUUGUUGCGACGAUGACGAUGAUGAUGAUUAUGGGAAACGUAAUGUGAUCAUUUUAAAAGCUAAAUAUUUAUAUGAUAUUCAACUUAUAAACACAUUAGUUAGGCUAUGAAACAUAUUGAAUAUCGUGCGCCUAUACAUACUAUAUUUUGUUAUAUUUACAUAUACAAAACCGUUGUACUGAACUGAUCGACCCGCGGUGGUUGCAUAAAAUCCGCUUUGUGCCCAUUGUUCGCACACAGACAAAAACUAUUUUCCAUUUGAAUAAAGCGAAAUUUAAACCCAAA